GAAGAGAGAGGGCGAGAGCGAGGGAGGGAGGGAGCGAGAGAGGGAGGAUGAUGAUGCUGCCGGUUGAAAAUGGCUGCUGCAUCCUCGAGCCCAUCCGAAACCGUAUGAAGGUGGACGGAGAAAGAUAAGAAAAUGAGAAUAGCGAGCGCAAGGAGCGAAAGAGAGACUGCGUGCGUGCGUAUGUGAGCGUGUGCGAGCGUGUGUGUAUGAGUGUGAGAACGCGCGCGCGCGCGUGUGUGUGUUCUGUAAGAAGGAUAAUAAAAAAGACGAGAGACCGGGGGGCAGCCAGCUCGAAGCGGCGGGCAACACCGAGCCAUGGAGGGCGAUGUGCGUGUCCGAGCUGUGGUGAUGACACGUGACGAUUCCAGCGGUGGCUGGGUGCCCCUUGGAGGGGGCGGUCUCAGUCACGUGAUCAUUUGUAAGGGGCGGAGCUCCGAAGGUCGUGGGCGGAGAGAGUACGUCAUACGCGGAGAACGGCUACGCGAUCGAGCACCCGUGCUGGAAUGUUCCAUUCAAAAGGGUCUGGUCUACAACAAGGUGAACCCCAUCUUCCAUCACUGGCGCGUGGAGGAGAGGAAGUUUGGCCUGACCUUCCAGAGUCCAGCUGAUGCCAUCUCCUUCGAGAGGGGGCUUCAAAGUGUCCUCGAGAAGCUGGACAGAGGAACUGACUCGCCAUCCUCCUCGACACCUGAAGAGGGCGACACUGAGGAUGACGGUCAAGCAUCUCAUACAGGAAGUGAGUCGUCAUCCAACAGCAGAAAAGAGAUGCUGCCUAAACCCAUCACCAUCGUGACCAGUGAGUCGUCCUCCACCUGUUUUGUGCGAUCCACAGAGGAGUUUGCGUACGGAGCAGCACAUGCCGUCACUACGCAGACUCCAGACCAGAUCCAUACCCGACCAACCCAGCACCAACUCACCCAAGUUACAGCCGUGUUGAACCCCCCAGCACCUCCUCCGCCACCGCCGGCUCCCCCGACUCCCCCCAUAGUUCCCCCCGCCGCCUCUCCCCUCUCGCCACUCUCACCCACCAUCUCCCUGCUGGAGGAAGGAGACCUCCGCAGCCUCGACCCCUGCAAAGACCUGUGGGGAACACGUGGCUACGAGGACUACCGACGCGCUGGUGCUACACGGACCAAGGUGGGCGGGCUGACAGGGGGCGUGGUCGUGGGAGGCGGCCAGGAUAAGGGGGAGCUCUGCGUGGUCCGCUUUGAGAAAGAACUGGCCGGCGUGGGCACCACAGGCUGCGAGGUCACCGUCAUGCUGGACACCAAAGGCUCUCAGCUUCACUCCUCGCCCACCUGCAUGCCCAACGCCGUGCCAGGGGUGCCAUCCGCCGACGGCUCCCCGCAGGAGACGGGCAAGGGCUCGCCUUCGCCGUGCUGCAUCCACACCUCCCUCGCCACACCCCGAUCUCGGACUCGCAAGCGAGGGGGCGGCGGGGGAGGAGGGGAAGCCAUCUCACCCGACGACGACAGCUCGUGCCCGCAGGGCUCCUCGUCCUGCUCGUCGCGCUGCGUGUACUGCCGUUCUGUUUUCAGCGCCUCCGAGAACGGACGGGGCCGCUGCCGGGACGCUCCAGACCCGGCGCUACACUGCCUGCGCCAGUGGACGUGUGUGUGGUGCGCAGAGAGUCUGCUCUACCAUUGCAUGUCGGACUCCGAGGGCGAGUUCUGGGAGCCGUGCUCGUGCGAGGACUCGAUGGGCGGCUGGCCGCACCCGCUGUGCUGCGCUCGCUGGAUGGCGCUGCUGGCGCUGUCUCUUUUCGUGCCCUGCAUGUGCUGCUACCUGCCCCUGCGCGCAUGCCUGCGCUGUGGGGAGAGAUGCGGCUGCUGCGGAGGAAAGCACAAGGCCGUGCGAUGAGGCCUGACAGGG